UGAAGAGCCGUCCUCCGUGUAGGAUGGUAUAUGAACCAGUCUGCCUUCAGCCCCGGAAAUCGUAGUCGCUUCAAGCGCCAGAACGCUAUUAUUCCGUGCCUACGGUAUGUAACUAGGCAAGCCAGGUAGGCUGUAACGGGUCUCUCGGGACAUGGAACAAGCGACCGGGGUUUAUUAGCGCACUGCACCUACCUAGCCAGGCUGCAUAUGACAAUCUCCAAUUGGAGUGGGGAUCCUCCUGCCCCAAUUAGGAAUUGUCUUUUUUCACGUUUUGUCCCCAGCUUUCAUAGCCAGGUAAACGCAUCUACCCUGCGAGAAACGAUCCCAAAGCAAGGAGCUUAGAGGCGAACAACUGCCGAUCUAUCUCAAUUUCCGACGACGCAGACCAGAAUCUUGCAACGAUGACGACCAGACUUCUCCCAGCGCGUGUGGUCGGGAGUUUCAACCAACUAGUUCCCCGUCAGAUCACUGCUACAACAAGCCUCAGCUCGCGAUGCCUCCAGCUUUCCAGAUGCUACUCAUCAGAACCUGCACCACCGGCCCUUCUUUCCAAGCUCAAGGGCGACUUAAAGACGGCCAUGAAGGCAAAAGACGCCGCACGCCUCACUGUCCUACGCUCCGUGAUCGCGGCAACCCUCAACGCUAGCAAGACGGCCUCGCCAAUCAGGACAAACGCGCAGCUCGUGGCGCUCCUACGGAAACAAGCGCGGUCCUCGCAGGAAGCGGCUGACGAGUUUCGUGAUGCCGGGAGGGAAGACCUGGUCGAGAAGGAGGAGGCUCAGCUCAGAGUGUUACGGGAAUACGCCGAUGGCAGCGGCAUCGAGAGUGUGGGCGAGGAGGAGCUGCGGAACAUGGUCGAAGCUGUCAAGGCAGAGCUAGUUUCGGAGGGAAUCACCGGCAAGGCUGCAACGGGCGAGGCCAUGAAGAGGCUCCUCGCCCCCGGCGGUCCGCUAGACGGGAAAGAUGUGGAGAAGGCCGACGUAGUGAGGAUUAUCAAGGAGUAGAACCCCAGAAUAAGGAGAGGGGCUUGCCGACAAGGGAGUGAAAGGAGACCUAGUGGCGAGGUGUAUGAUAUCUGUCCAAUUGUUGUGUAUAAUCAUCUCCAAUUACCUAUCCAUGGGUAGGACGGGAAGUUCCGCAUUGGGUUGCUUUGCUUGGUAAUGCGAGCCAUGAAUCAGUUAAUUGAGCCACCCUUCAUCUAGAAGAAAUCCGUUCGGU